CUUGUUCGUGAGGCAUGGAUUCGGGCGAAGUAUGUGGAACGUAGAUUCGCACGUUUGGAUCGUGAACGGGCGCAGAACAGUGCCAACUUGCGCGCGGAACGUCUUCUGCGUAAAACGAACAGCGCAAAAUCUCCACUGAGGUCGUGUUCUGCUCGUGAACUGACAACUGAACAUUUUGAAGGGAAGGUACCUGACAAUCAGGCGAAACCAUCAUCGAAUGAAAUUGUUGGGAGUUGUGCAAUAUGUGUAAAUGACUCGAAAUUAGGACUGAAAUCAUCUGAAAAAGAGACGACAUCCAUAUGUAAACAUGGCAAAAGUCUCUCUCCUUAUCUACCUGAACCAUUGUUUACGAAUAAUGCUUUUCACAAGAAACGAGGUGGUUUUCUCUUCGCAAUAUAUUGA